CGGAGAAAAAGAAGCGCCGCGUGAUCCGGAAUGGCGGGUGACGGUCCCCCACAACGACCUGUCGUCGGCGGUCGUAACGGAAUGCAAACGUAGCAUGAUUGAGAGGGCAUGGAGAUGGUUGAUCGAUUGGAUUGUGAGCUCCGCGAGCAGAGUGUGGAAGUUAGGAGCGGACGAUCCACGGCGAGUCGUCCACGGUGCGAAAGUGGGCGCGGCGCUCACCCUCGUUUCGCUCUUCUACUACAUGCGGCCGUUGUACGACGGUCUCGGCGGCGCCACCAUGUGGGCCGUUAUGACCGUAGUGGUGGUCUUUGAAUACACUGUCGGUGGGUGCUUGUACAAAGGAUUCAACAGAGCCACCGCGACUCUGAGCGCAAGUGCUCUCGCAGUGGGCAUCCACUGGCUCGCAAACCAAUCAGGAGACAAGAUGGAGCCCUUCAUCCUUAGUGCCUCAGUGUUUCUUCUAGCGGCUGCUGCUACAUUUUCGCGGUUCAUACCGACGGUGAAAGCGAACUUCGAUUACGGUGUGACCAUAUUCAUCCUCACCUUCAGCUUAGUCGCCAUGUCGGGCUAUCGGGUCGAUGAGCUGCUAGCAUUGGCCCAGCAGCGCGUGUUAACCGUCAUCGUCGGAAUUUUCAUCUGCCUAUCGGUCAGCGUCGUGAUUUGCCCCGUCUGGGCCGGCGCAGAGCUCCACCGUCAGAUCGUCCGCAACAUGGAAAAGCUCGCAGAUUCCUUAGAAUGUUGUGUCGAAGAGUACUUCUCCAGUGGCGUCGUGGAUCAAAAGAGCGCUUCCUCUCACGAGUCACAAGGUUACAAAUGUGUUCUCAAUUCCAAAGCCUCGGAGGAUUCACAGGCCAAUUUGGCUCGGUGGGAACCGGCACAUGGGCGCUUCGGCUUCAAGCACCCGUGGAGCCAAUACCAAAAAAUAGGAGGGGCGAUGAGGCAUUGUGCUUGUUCCGUGGAAGCACUUAACAGCUGCAUUAAUUCUGAGGUUAAGGCGCCUGACCCCACAAAAAAGCUUUUGAGAGAUGCUUGCAUGAGAUUAAGUUCGCAGAGCUCCAUGGUGUUGAAGGAGAUGUCGCGGUCUAUUAAAGAAAUGACGAAGUCUCGGAGCAUAGAUUUGUUAAUAGAAGAAAUGGACAACGCGGUUUAUGAGCUACAGAGUGCUUUACAAUCGCUUCCCAGCAAUUUGACACCGCAAAUGAUCGCAGCAGAAGCGGAAACAGAAGAUAACAAGUUGAAGUUUUCAGUAAUCGAAGCCCUGCCGUUGAUCACGGUAGCGACACUACUGAUUGAUAUAUCCGCAAGGAUCGAAGGUGUCGUUGACACUUUCAACACUUUAGUAAGCCUUGCGAGUUUCAAGCCUUUCAAAGACGACAAAUCGAAACAGAAUAGGAGUUCAAACAACCCUCCUUCGCAUAUGUCCUGUGAACAAGAGACCACGAAAACUCUUCAAGAAGUUUAAAGUAUUUGCUCAAGAGGAUACAGCCAAGUAACAGAAAAAGGAUUAAGUAGGAUUUACUGUAUUGUAUUGCAGUGUCGGUUUUUCUAUGCGCCCAUUCUGCGAAAGUUCUCACUGCAGUAAAAGCAGUGCUGAUUAUUAUUAUUUACAUAAAAGAAAGGUUAGUAUGCAAGGUGUAAUGUAAUAUGUAAUGUUGUAAAGAAUUUUUGAAACAGCAUGCUCAACCUGUUACAGUUCAUACAAUUACUGUACUUCAAGGGUUGGUUGCCUCUGAGAAUUCGAAAAUUUCAAUUCGAAAUCGAUCCCCGUGAUACACUUUG